AUGAAUUCAGUACAGAAAAUACUGCAAUGCAAUUUUUCAACAAUCUCGUUGGAGAAAAAGAUGGAAAUAAAAAAUAAAGGUAGGCCUACUCCAGACUUAAAUAUUAAACAAAUUACUAAAUGUAAAACGAGAGAAUAUGUAAGAAAAUUUAAUAAUAAUAUAUAUAAAACCUAUGACUGGAUUUGUGGUUGUUCAGAAACUAAUCGUUUGUAUUGUUUUCCCUGUUUACUUUUUGGUCAAAAAUUUAAUGAUGUCGCUUGGGNAGAAAAUCCCGGCGUAUUUCGAGGUCUUAUAAACUUUAGUUCAGAGUUAGAUUCGGUACUAAAAUGUCAUAUUGAGAACUCUUCGGUAUUUAAAGGUUUAUCCAAAUCAAUCCAAAAUGAUUUACUAGAAUGUUGUUUAGCUGUAUGUCAACAAAGAAUCAAAAAUGAAAUAAAACAAGCAGAAUAUAUUUCUGUAAUGGCUGAUGAAACAACUGACGUAUCUGCUCAGUUUCAAUUGUCAAUAAUAUUUAGAUAUUUACUAUCGGAUGGAACACCAGUAGAAAGGUUUUGGGGAUUUUUCAAUCCUACUGGACAUGAUGCGAAAUCGUUGUCUGAAUGUAUAAUAUUCAACUUGGAAAAAGUCCUAGAAUCGCCAGAUAUGUUGAUUUGUCAGAGUUACGACGGCGCAAAUGUGAUGAGUGGACGUCUCAAUGGUGUACAAAAAAUAAUAAAUAAUAGUUAUAAAAAUGCACAUUUCAUACAUUGCUAUGCUCAUCAGCUUAAUUUAAUUUUAAUUCAAGCAACUUCACAAAAUCGUGAGUUAAGGAUAUUUUUUCCAAACUUAACUGAUAUAACAAAUUUUUGUUCAAACAGUCCACAGCGGGUUACGGUUUUAGAUAAAAUUGUUAAAUACAGAGUUUUUCGAUCAUCUAAUACUAAAUGGAAUUUUAAAAGUCGAAUAGUAAAUACUGUGUAUGAGAAUCUUGAGCCGUUAAUUGAAUGUAUGAAAGAAAUUGAAUCAACAUUUGAAUCAAACCAUAGCAAUUAAUCAAGCUGGAGCUUUGAAUCGGAUGUUAAAUGAUGAUAAAUUUAUAUUUUGGUUAAGAGUGUUUCAUUAUUUAAUGCCUCAUGUUGAUAUUUUAUAUAAUCAACUACAAAAACAAACUAUGGACCCUGUAGAACUUUCAAAGGCAAUUUUUCGGUUCGAAGAAAAUAUAUUAAAAGAAAGACAGAAUAUUGAUAACAUCGUUGAAACCUCUCAAAAUCAUCCAACGAAAAAACGAAGACAAGAUGAUACUAUUGAAACAAGAAAAAUCGCUGCAAAAGAAGUAUGUGAUAUUUUUAUUGUCAACGUUAAAGAAUGUUUUGAUUAUAAAAAUCACUUAAAUGCUUCGCACCUAUUUUUAUCCACCGAAUUUCCUAUCUACGAAAAUAACUUCCCAAAUGACCAUUUUAGUAAAACCGUUGAAGCAUAUCCUUUUUUGGAUGUUAUUAAACUUAAAACUGAACUACAACUGUUCUACAAAAGAACCGAUUUUCGUGAUAUGAAUUCAUCAGUUCAUUUAUUGAAGUUUAUAGUUGAAAAUAAUUUAACAAUGGUAUUUUCUGAAAGCUACAAACUUUUAAAAAUAAUUUCAACUGUUCCAAUGACUACAGCUGAAGCCGAAAGAUCGUUUUCUACAUUGAAACGUAUUAAAACAUUUUUGAGAAAUUCAAUGACGGAAGAUCGACUUACUAGCAACGUCAUCGAUCGAAAAACGGAUGAUCAACAAUAUUUCAAACUUCAACGAAGAAGUAAUAAACAGGUUUGCAGGAAAAAAAGAUAG